AUGUUGGAUCUAGUAUCACCGGAAAUCUUUUCGAUACCAAACUUGUGCCUUUUCGGCUUCCUCGUCGCCUCCAUCGCCGUCAGCAGUUUGUUCACGUUAGUUUCCAUGAAACUGCCCACAAAAUGAGAUAAAAAGUAAAAUUUAGACUAUCCUAUGCGACGCCAUGGAUCCGCAGACGACGAUCCGAGUAUUUGGAGCCGGAAACGGUGUACAGAAGCUCUCCGGAACAAUUGUAAGUGGUUGAUUUCUUAACUUUCACUGAAAUAUCGCCCCAGGUUCUCAAAACUGCUGCCCGAAGACCGCGACGCGCCGAAAAGGUACACGCCGUCGUCGUGCUACUUGUCCGUCGUCAUUCCAGCCAUGAAUGAAGAGGUUUUCCUCGAAUUUGUUUGACAAAACCCACAAAGUCAUUUUUUUAGGAACGCAUCGAAAUAAUGCUCGAUGAAUGUUGUGAAUAUCUGGAGAAACGUGCCGAAAACGACAAGAAGUUCACGUACGAAGUGAUAAUUGUCGAUGACGGAAGUACGGAUAGCACUGCUGAUUUGGGAGUGCAAUAUGGGGCGAGACACAAACAUUUGAAGGUUUUGAAGUUGAAAGCGAAUCGUGGAAAGGGUUUGUUAACUGAAUGAAAGGAGAAAUGAAGAAAUAAAUGUGCUACAGGCGGCGCAGUGAAAGCCGGAGUGCUCCACAGCUCAGGAAAGCUCAUUCUCUUCGCCGACGCCGACGGAGCAACAAAGUUCGCCGAUUUCGAGAAUCUGGAGAAGGAAAUGCUGCGAACGGCGGGCGGAGAGCCUCUCGACGAGUCAUUCCCCGCAAUUGUGGUCGGAUCGAGGUCAGAUGCGAAUUCCGCACAGUUCCACUCAAUGCGAAGAGCAUCUAAACUUUAAAUUAUUCUUUUCAGAGCCCAUCUUGAAGCGCAGUCAGUCGCCGAGCGAUCCUUCUUCCGAACGAUUCUAAUGCACGGCUUCCACCUGCUCGUCUACACGUUCGCCGUCCGAACGGUCAAAGAUACGCAGUGCGGCUUCAAACUGUUCACCAGAUCCAUCGCGGCGCGCAUCUUUCCAGUGCUGCACGUGGAACGGUGGGCGUUCGACGUGGAACUCAUCUAUCUGAGCGAAAAAUGGACGGUCCCGGUCAAAGAAGUCUCUGUGCGCUGGAAGGAAAUCGACGGAUCGAAGAUCACGCCAAUCUGGUCGUGGCUCCAAAUGGGCCGAGAUCUUGUGCUCAUCUGGUUCCGAUAUACUGUAAUUUUAAUGUUAUUCUUUCAAACAUUUCAAUUUUUCCCAUUGCAGGUCGGAAUUUGGAACGACGAACAGCCGAAAUGA